AUGUGCAGGUUUCCGAGCGUUCGCCGCAUCAUGAACACCUUCAGUGUGAUGCCUUCCCCAAAAGUGUCUGACACCGUUGUUGAGCCCUACAACGCUACGCUGUCGGUCCAUCAGCUGGUAGAAAACACAGAUGAGACCUAUUGUAUUGAUAACGAGGCGCUCUAUGAUAUCUGUUUCCGUACUCUUAAACUCACCACCCCAACAUACGGUGACCUCAACCAUUUAGUCUCUGCCACCAUGAGUGGCGUCACCACUUGCCUCAGGUUCCCAGGGCAGCUCAACGCUGACCUGCACAAGCUGGCUGUAAAUAUGGUGCCAUUCCCUCGUCUGCACUUCUUCAUGCCGGGCUUUGCUCCCCUCACAAGUCGGUGUAACCAGCAGUACAGAUCGCUGACUGUGCCAGAGCUCACCCAGCAGAUGUUUGACGCCAAAAACAUGAUGGCAGCCUGUGACCCGCGUCAUGGUCGCUACCUGACGGUGGCCGCCAUCUUCCGCGGCCGCAUGUCUAUGAAGGAGGUAGAUGAGCAGAUGCUUAACGUGCAGAACAAGAACAGCAGUUACUUUGUUGAGUGGAUCCCCAACAAUGUCAAGACCGCUGUCUGUGACAUUCCCCCCAGAGGCCUUAAGAUGGCUGCCACCUUCAUUGGCAACAGCACAGCCAUUCAAGAGCUGUUCAAGCGCAUCUCUGAGCAGUUCACGGCCAUGUUCAGGCGCAAAGCUUUCCUCCACUGGUACACCGGGGAGGGGAUGGAUGAGAUGGAGUUUACUGAGGCUGAGAGCAACAUGAAUGACCUGGUGUCAGAAUACCAGCAGUACCAGGAUGCUACUGCUGAAGAAGAGGGAGAGUUUGAGGAGGGGGAGGAGGAGGAUUUGGCCUAA